AUGAAUCUUUUCAACAACACCAAGUCGCUGGUGAAGAAAUCCCGGGUCUGUAAAUGCUGGAACGCAGCGCGGGCCAAGCCCAACCAGUGGUGGUCAACCCGCACCAAGGAAACGAAGAAAACCUGGCGAUAUAUCCUCGCCCUGUUUGCUGUCGGCGGUUUCAUCAUGUUCAUCACUACCUGUGUCUCCGUAGGAUACUCCUAUGGACGACAUGCCAGAACUGAAAAGGCACUAGACGGAGAAAUGCAUGACAGAAUAAGCGGCGCCAAGGAAUGGCAGGAAAUGCAGGACGAGUACGAGGAAAAGAAUAAGAUGAAGGUGCGAGAGAAGAAGACACGGAUGUUGGCCGUCAACUACCCUAUUGUCUUCACUGAGACUGCGCCAAUUCUGACGACGACCUCGAUGGCCACCGUCGCGAUGUCGUUCACCGCAUAA